AUGUUUGAAAUUAAGACGUUUAAGGACGAGCAUACGUGUUCUUCAUUGCUUAUACACCUAAAUCAUAGGCAAGCAAAGAGCGAAGUUGUGAGGACCAUAGUACAUGACAUUAUGGAUCAAAUACGUGUUUUCAGAGAGUGUUGUAGAAAAGUUAUUAUCAUGGAUGAUGCUCGUUUCAAGGAAAAGUACAAAGGCACCAUCUUGCAUGCAGUGGUCAUGGAUGACAACAAUCAGAUCUUGUCUAUUGGGUAUGAAAUUUGUCCAAAAGAGACUACAUAUUCUUGGACAUGGUUUCUUGAAAAACUACAUGAAUGCAUUGGUGAUGUGGAAGAUCAAAUUCAGGAAGAAGAACAUUUGAACCGAGAAAGAAGGUCCAAGAAAAAACUUGAUAAAUCAGUUGAACAAGAGACAACUCCUAAACCUUUAAAUGCACUAAUUUUGGAAAGAGAGAUAAGGUCGAAGAGGCAAUUUGAUAGAGUUCCAAUUGUAAAACAUUUAAAAAAUAAGGGAAUUGCUGAAACUGUCAAAGAAGAAAAAGAAGAUAAUGUUAGAAAAACAAAUAAGGAAUACCCACCUGGUUUAAGAUACCUUCCAACUAGAAUGAAAUGUGAUAACAUCACUGCAGCUGUUAUGGGAAUGUCGCCGGAACAGAAACAAGCAAUCUUGAGAAUGGGUUUUGGAUUAAUUCUGCAAGUGAAUAUUACAAGUUAUCCGGGACAACUUAGCUACUAUCUUUUAGAUGUUUAUGAUGCAGAUAGUAAAAGACUUGUCCUACAAAACUCUGUUAUUGAGAUAACAGAACAAACAGUGCAUGAUAUGAUGGGGUUGUCAUUUGGUGGAGAAGACAUCAAUGAGUUACCAUUGUGUGAUAAGGGAAAUCAAAUUCUAGAAGAAUGGAGGGGACAAUAUAGUGGUGAUAAGUUCAAUGGUGAGGAGUAUUUAAGAAGGAUUCAGGCUACAACGAAGGAUAAUUUGAUGUUUAGGCUGAAUUUUUUGACCCUAUUUGUUAACAACUUCAUAGAGUCAAUGUUGAUGGGAACAAUUCAAAUAAAAGUGGUAAGGAAGUUGGUGUUGGUAGAAGACUUCUCAAAGUUAAAUUGGUGUAAAUAUAUGCUUGAUUGUUUGGGAUCUAGAAAAAAACUAUGGAAAAGGGAUGACAAAUCAAGCUACUACAGUGGUCCUAUUACACUUCUGAUUUUGGUGUACGUGUAUAACAUGAAGUAUUCUAUCAAGAUAGACAAAAGGCUUCCUUUUAUUGGGCAUAUAAAUGGUGCUAAAUUGUUAGAGGUUCAAAAAUUAGAAAUCAGUUUGGGAGGGUUCGGGAGGUAG